GAGAAAACUAUUCAGAUUCCUGAGUUAGCUAUAAGCAAGAAACACGCCCAAAUUGGUUACGAUCUACAAGAAAGUAAAUAUCACAUAUGUGAUUUGGGCAGUAAAAAUGGAACGUACUUAAAUGAUGUCAAAAUUGCUAAUGAUGGCUCUACCUUUUAUCUACAACACGGCGACUAUAUUAAAAUUGGUUCUACUAGCUUUUUGUUGCAUAUUCACCCAGGUUAUGAUACUUGUGACGAUUGUGAACCAGGCCAGAUACUGUCAAGAAUUCCAGUGACUGAUCACAUUACAUCAAAAACUGAAACCGCUCCUAUUUGUACAGACUCUGAUAAGCUUGAAGAUCAACGCCGUCAUAGUUUAAAGCAGUUAAAAAGGAAAUAUGGACUGGGCCGUGAUGAUACGUCUGAGUCGGCCGUCUCCACACAUGAAAAAUACAAGGAUAGAGCGGAAGAAAGACGAGUUCAUAUUGGUAGCGAUUUCCCACAUGCAUUGCAGACCUCUUCAUCUGUAAAAAAGCCAAUUGAAAAAUCCAAUAAAGGACAUAAAUUACUAGAAAAAAUGGGCUGGAGUGCCGGACAAGGUCUUGGACGUAAUAAUACUGGAAUAUCUCAACCAGUUGAAGUACAGAUGCGGUUAACAAACGCUGGAUUAGGAACUAGUGGCGUAAGCAGUUCCAUGGAUGAUAUC